AUGUCCUGGGCGGCCUUUUUCAUCACUAUUGUCUAUAUUAGCACAUAUUGUGCUGCACAGAUCACAUUGACACAGUCACCUUCUGAAUCCGUGUCUCCUGGGAGUACAGUGAAAAUCCCCUGUACGGCUAGUGGAAUCACCAUAAGUGAUCGCUAUGUUUCCUGGUAUCAGCAGAAGGAAGGGAAUAGUCCUCGAUAUCUUCUGUACUAUUAUGAUGACAGCGACAAACACCAAGGAACAGGAGUCCCUGAUCGGUUUUCUGGGUCUAAAGACAACUCAAAAAACGCUGGCUAUUUAACCAUCAGAGGGGCUUUGACAGAGGAUGAGGCAGAUUACUACUGUGCGGUGUGGGACUCUAACGCGUAUAUUUUCGGAGGUGGGACCACGCUAUCCGUUCACUCCGGAGACGUGAAGACUCCCUCUGUAUUUAUGUACAAACCUUCCGAUGAAGAACUAAAGACAGAUAAGGCCACUGUGGUCUGCACUCUGAGUGCCUUCACUCCAAAGAUUGCGUCAGUGGAAUGGAUGGUGGAUGAGAAAAAGUGGACAACUGAUAUAUAUACCACACCGGCCAGCAAACAGGCUGAUAACCUGUACAUGGAGAGCAGUCUCCUCAGCAUGUCCUCCACAGAAUACAUGAAACAUGAGAAGUUUGCCUGUAAAGUGACACAUCAGGGGAAAGAGAUUAUCCAGACGAUAAAUCGAUCAGAAUGUUCUUAAUAUUUACUUUCUCUAAAUCUUUAUGGCCCAAUUAAUGCUUUCUUUUACACUCGCUAUAGGGGCCAUAAAUGUAAUUUUAUAUAACAGUAUUAUUUUUCUUUUUUCUUAUUAAACUGUUAUACUUCCAUAUUUCUACUAGUAAUUAUUCUUUCACUUCAAUCUCUUCAUGUGGAACUCUUUAAUAGAGUUAUUGUCACUUUUCUGUAUGAACUUGAAAAUAAAAUGAUAGUAUCUUCA